GUUCCUGGAGCGGACUUGCCAAGCGCCUCAGCCUACCCACAGGGAUUCCCUCUCCAGCCAAUCGCGUCUGAGCAACGGGACUGCCCCUAACAAAGAUGGCGGGAGAGGCCUCCGUGGGGGCAGGCUGAUUUAACACCCAGACCCAGGGCGGCUAGGGAAGACAGUGGUAGCGGAGCAGCCCGGCCAUGGAGGAGGGAGGCAGCGGCGGCAGCGGCGGCAGCGGCGGCAGCGGCGGCAGCGACAGCAGCACCAGCGGGAGUGGUGGGGCGCAGCAAAGGGAGCUAGAGCGCAUGGCUGAGGUCCUGGUCACCGGAGAGCAGCUUCGGCUCAGGCUGCAUGAAGAAAAGGUGAUUAAAGAUAGGCGACAUCAUCUCAAAACCUACCCAAACUGCUUUGUCGCAAAAGAACUGAUCGACUGGCUGAUUGAGCACAAAGAGGCUUCCGACAGAGAGACCGCAAUCAAGCUCAUGCAGAAGUUAGCUGACCGGGGCAUCAUUCAUCAUGUGUGUGACGAGCACAAGGAAUUCAAGGACGUCAAACUCUUCUACCGCUUUAGAAAGGAUGAUGGCACCUUCCCGCUGGACAACGAAGUGAAGGCCUUCAUGAGGGGACAGAGGCUGUAUGAGAAGCUGAUGAGCCCUGAAAACACGCUGCUGCAGCCCAGGGAAGAGGAAGGGGUCAAGUAUGAGCGCACCUUCAUGGCGUCUGAGUUCCUGGAUUGGCUGGUCCAGGAAGGCGAGGCCACCACAAGGAAGGAGGCCGAGCAGCUCUGCCACCGGCUCAUGGAACACGGCAUCAUACAACAUGUGUCCAACAAGCACCCAUUCGUGGACAGCAACCUUCUCUACCAGUUCAGAAUGAACUUCCGGCGGAGACGCAGACUGAUGGAGCUGCUCAAUGAAAAAUCGCCCUCGUCUCAGGAAACUCAUGACAGCCCCUUCUGCCUGAGGAAGCAGAGCCAUGACAAUCGGAAAUCUACCAGUUUUAUGUCCGUCAGCCCCAGCAAGGAGAUCAAGAUCGUGUCUGCCGUGCGGAGGAGUAGCAUGAGCAGCUGCGGCAGCAGCGGCUACUUCAGCAGCAGCCCCACCCUGAGCGGCAGCCCCCCGGUGCUCUGCAACCCCAAGUCCGUGUUGAAGAGACCUGUAACUUCGGAGGAACUCCUGACUCCUGGGGCUCCGUACGCAAGGAAGACAUUCACGAUUGUCGGUGACGCCGUGGGUUGGGGCUUUGUGGUACGAGGAAGUAAGCCAUGCCACAUCCAGGCCGUGGACCCCAGUGGCCCAGCAGCAGCAGCGGGAAUGAAGGUCUGUCAGUUUGUCGUCUCUGUAAAUGGGCUCAAUGUGCUGCAUGUCGACUACCGGACGGUGAGCAAUCUGAUUCUGACGGGCCCUCGGACGAUCGUCAUGGAAGUCAUGGAGGAGUUAGAGUGCUGAGCAGGUAGACAUCCUGGCCCUUCAGUGGCCUGAGAAUGAUUGAAGCCAGGAGAACACAAAGCAAUGCAAUGACAAGACUUCCACGCACAUGGAUGGUUUUGGACGCACAAAAUGUCUCCAUACAUACACAUCUUGAUUCAUACACUGUUUGAAUGUGGAAGAACCAGGUAGAUCAUCUUUAAAAAAAAAAUUAUGUCAGUGUAUAAAAAAGUUCAGAAAUGAAAUUUCCUUACGUAGUAGAAUUGCCUUACUCAGGUUCCAUUUGUAGUUCUCAGCCAUUGUUUUUUAUUUUGGUUUGCCUAAAGUUGUUGAAAUGCUUCUCUGGCCAAAACAGCAACAUGCUAAAAUCGCCUCAUAGGAUUCAAUGGAGUAGUUGUUACAGAUUUUAAAUUGUUCUCUUACCAAAAUGAACCUGGAACUCUUUACGGAAAGAUCUGGAUUUCACCAAGCUUCAAAUUAAAGCAACAUCCAAAGGAAUAUUACCUGUUAACUAGCAUUUUGAAGAGGUUCUAAAGCAUUCAAGUGCUUAAAAGCCAUUGAAAAAAAAUGACUUUUUCUUAAUUCCUGCCUUUAGUAUCAACUUCUAACCUAUGUUUUCAUUUAUGGCGUUCAUUAGAAAACAAAAACCUUGUGAUGAAUAUAGAUGGGAUACAUAGGGGGAUACUACUUCUGAUUAUUUGCUGAUUUCUCUUUCUGAGCCUAAAUAAUUUUGUCUUAUCAAUCAGCUACAGAAGCAUUCUAGAAUUAAUCCAGAAUAUGUCGAAUGUCAAAACAGAGGAAUUUGUAUAUACACAUAUCAAGCCUCUGGCAAGAUUUCACGUUGAAGUUGUCCCUUUUUAAAUGAAGUAUUCUAGAGCUUGGCCCAUAUGUGAUAAAAACUUGAAAUUAAAUUGCCUUGUUGGCCUGAAUUUUUACUAGCUUUCUAGUGUAACAUAUUCUAAGGAAUGACAUGUCCUGCUUCUUUGGCGGGAUUAUUUUUCACCAAAACAUCAUCUUGUGUUGUCAUUUUUCAGCUCACUGUAUAUAUGCAUGUUUCUUUUUUUGGUUUAGAAAAGAAUGCAUUUGGGGGCUUGUUGUAUUGAGGAAAUUCCUCAAAGUGCCAAAUUAGGUAGUCAGGGAAUGCCAAAUUCUUGAUUUCAUGUGAUGCAUUCUGAACAACCAGGUUACUUUCUUAUCACGUAUUAACAAUGAAAUAUGAAUGUUGUACCUCAGUCAUUCUUUUUGUGAUAGGUUAUCAUAAUGUGUUGGUACUAGUAAAAUGAACAUAUUGUGCUACAGAUGUUACAUAUAUAUGUUUCUGGUAAUCCAGCUUUUCUGAUCUUAGCUUUAGUCAGAGAAUAGGAUUUUGAAGUAAUAUAGAACGUCUAACGUUAGUACCGUCAAUCUCCAUUUGGGAACUAGUAGCAAUUUUUUGUGUAUGUGCGAUUAUACUGUAUGCCAGGCUUUGUGCUACGGCACUUGACGUAUGUGAUCUCUUUGAAUCUCCAUCAAAAUCCUCCAAGGGACACCUGAGUGGCUCAGUGGGUGAAGCAUCUGCCUUUGGCUCAGGUUAUGAUCCCGGGGUCCUGGGAUCAAACCCCGCAUUGUGCUCCUUUCUUGGUGGGGUGCCUGCUUCUCCCUCUACCUGCCACCCUACCGGCUUAUGCACACGUGCUCUCUGUCUCUCUGACAAUAAAUAAAUAAAAUCUUAAAAAAAAAAAAAACCCUCCAAGAAGGGUAUUAUCACCCUCAUUUCUCAGAUAUGGAAACUAAUGUAAGCAAACUUCAAUAUCCAUGUUCUCACUGCUGCAAGAUCUGCUUAGAUUCAACCACGGGUUUGUUUAAUGCUAGAGCCCAUGUUACCUCCCCUCCCCCAGCCUUUCCCCAUUUAGGGACCUACUGUUCUGGGGUUACUUUAUACCCAGCGCUGUGCUAAAACUAUACAUCACUUAUUCCUCCUGACCCAUGAGAUUCAGUAUCGCCAUUACAGCUGAGGAAGCUGAUUCAUACAGAGAUUAGUCAUGUGACUGAGACCACACAACUAGUGAGUGGGAGACCUUAGGAUUCAGCUCAGAAAGUUCUUAGGAUGUCUUUAAAAGACAAGUCUUAAAUGCUGCCUCUGUUCAGGUGUUCAUUAAGUUCAAAAGAAGGAGGACCACCUUUGUCGAUGGCAUCUUCUUCUUGCCUGCCAUCCGUACUUUGAACUCAUGUCCUAAUGCCGAUGGUCUUGGGCCCUGGCAUAAUAUCACUUCCCUUUAACCAAUCUAAGCCCCAGAGACGCAUCUGUCUUUCUUUACUCUGUUCAGCUUCCUGCCAGUGGAAUUUCUUUGAUUCAGAGUUUAUUGAUGUCUUCGGUCAAAUGAAUAGGAAGGGAAGAAGAGGAGGAAAGAAAGGAGGGAGGAACUAUUUCUUCCUUUAGCUCCCAUCACCCUCAGAUGAAAGGCCAAAUGCCAGAGAAUUCUAGUUAAGGUCAAGAGAGCUUUGCCUUAGCUACUCCUCGGCAACCCCCCACCCUGACAUCCUUACGUGGUAAUGAAAGUGAGUGCUCCCAUUCCCAUCGGGACACUACUGAGCUCCCUCCAGCCUUUCCACCUCAGCUUCUCCUCUCUGCAAUAUGACCUCUCUGUCUUUGCCUGGAGAAAUCUAAGUAACUCCCCUUAGAUUCUAUCUUCUCUGAGAAAUCUUUGCCAGCUCCCCAGGGGCUUGACUCCCCUUGUCUAAAUUCCCAUGGGCCCUUAUGCAUCAAUGCCCUGUGUUUACAGCACUGAUGAUAUUUACUUGGAGGUUUGUCCAUCACGUAUCUGUCUCCCUCACUGCACUCUGAGCAUCAGCAGGUGGUGUCACGGUAGUGUAACAGCUGUCCCUGGCUGCUGGUGUGCCACCCCACAACAUACCUCAUAACACUCUCAGUGCUUAGGAUCCUGUACAUUGGCAAAUGGUGCAGAGCUCUGCUGGGAUGGCCAGCCACUGGUCCAGGUGGUGCCGGGUGGGUUCCCAUGAACAUUUGUGGUCUAGGAAGGCUCUGUGCAUGGGUGUCCCAGAUGGCUGGUGCUGUUGGCUGAGGUGUCUCCUUCCACCCCAUGUGGCCUUUCCCCAGAGCUCCGAGGAUUCCUCAUCACACCUCAUGAGAUCAAAGAAGGUGAGAAUGGAAACUGCAAGGAGCUUUCAUGGACUUGUCUGGGGAGUGACCCAGGGUUACUUACGUAGCGUGUUGCUGGUCAAAGCAAGUCACUAAACUAGCUGAGAAUCAAGAGGCGGGGAAUGGUCUCUCCCUUUGAUGGAAGGAGCUGCAAAGAAUUUAUGGCUACUUUUAAUGCACCAAGAGUAGGUACUCACCAUUCAUGGAAUAAAGGACCAAGGAGCUACCUAGUUACUGAAAGGCUCUGCUUCCCAGAUGCAAGUCAUUGACCAAACACUGGGUAGAAGUUCCUUACUAGGUUGUGAAUAGAGCCCAGUGCCUAAUGAAAACUUCAAAGUUGGAAAAUCCUAAACUAAUGGUGCUGCAUGGGGCCAUGGAGAGCACAGUGUCCUGUCCUCAUUUUACUGAUGAGCACAGCUCAGUGUGGAACGUUCCGGUGGCACACCCGAGCUCAUGAGGCUUGCUAGGGAGAGAGCCCGGGUCAGAUGCUAGUCUUCUGCUUUCUAAUGACAUGUCCUUUACAAGAUAGCUUUCUGUAGCAAACACAAAUGUGGUGAAAAUAGGCCUUUGGCUCUGGGGUGUUCAUAAAACACAAGGAGUGCUGUCUACCUGUGAAGGUGAGAGAUUACAUUUUAAUUAACUCAGGCCAUGGAUUGUGAAAUCAUAUCCUUAAAAAAUAAGUAUCUUGUGUGAUAUUUUAACAGGCAAAUUGCUUUAAAAUUUAGGAACUCCACUUCUAAAUGAAACCUCAAGAAUUAUCCUAAAUGAAGAGUGAGCAAUACUCCUAAGAGCUUUUCUUUCUCAUGCGCAUUUGUGUGUGUGUGUGUGUGUGUGUGUGUACUGGCUUUCAUUGUUCCCCAAGAAAACACUUUGGAUUUUUCAGGAGUUUGUGUCGUGUGUUUGUGUUAGUGUGAUGGAGGUGGAAAUCUUUGGUUUCUUCAUUAGUGUGGUAUAUUCUAUCAGUGCAAGUUUGAAAGCCAUGUUUGUUAUCUCUGCUGUAGAGAGAAAAAUGCAGUUGCCUUUUGGGUCGGUCCUAGUGUGUGAUGUUUGACUCUUAAUGUCUGAUGAAUAGUUGCACAAGUUGCUAAGGGGACUGGUUGAGAAAUGGCGGGCAACCGGAAGAAGAUACCCAUAUUUGAGUAGAUGAAAUGCAGUCAGCUUCAUGCCAUCUUAUAAAAGUGACUGCAUUGGGGUCGUAGCAAUUAACAAUUAACAAUUUAAGAAUCAUUGCUUUCCGUUCAAAAUAGAGUAUCACAUUUCCAAAUACUCUUUUCAAAUAUUUGUGACAAGAGUCAACUUUUAAGACUUAUUUUCUUUUUUUUUUAUGAUUUUAUUUAUUUGACAGAGAGGAGAGAGCACAAGCAGAGGGAGCAGCAAAGGGAGAGGAAGAAGCAGGCUCCCCACUGAGCAGGGAGCCCCAUGUGGGGCUCGAUCCCAGGACCCUGGGAUCAUAACCUGAGCCGAAGGCAGACGCUUAACUGGUUGAGCCACCCAGGUGCCCCUCAAGACCUAUUUUAAACUGACACUAGCUAUUCUUUCCUGUUGAGUAUUAAUCCUGUUUCAUUUUCGACAGAAGAACUUGGGAACAUUUCAGUUUUACCAACUGGUAAGAAUCCGUUGAUAUCACUGAGCAUUGUUUUACUCAUCGAAGGCAGAAUUUCAGGUAUAAUAUGCUUUUCCUCAGUUCAACACCAAAAGGGCAAAUCUGCAGCAUACCAAAAUGAAGUUCAUCGUCAAAGUUAGCAUAUGAUAUUAUCAAAUGCAUUAAUAUAUGUACUUAAUUUAUAUGUUUAUUUUUAAAUUAGGUUGAAAUUUAUGUUUUCCCUUCUUAAGAAUUGUAGCAUAAUACUGAAAAUUAUAAUAUGAAAAUAGAUUGUAUAGUAUGAAAUAAAUGUUAAAUUUUUAAAGUGGUGACUUUAGGUUUACAGCUUUUCCUGUCUUUUAGGACAAAUUAGCCGUUUUUUUAUCCUAAAAAAGGGUUGCAUUAUAAAGUUGCUCUACUACUAAGCGAUCAGAGAAAACAUAUGGGAUUCAUAUCUAAGUCUCUAAUGUAGCCAAAAGUGCCAUUUGUAACACUACUUAAUGAUGGAUGUUUUCUGACGCUCUUUUGCCUGAAAAAAAAAAAAAAGUGCAUUAAAAAGCUUUUUCUGUACUGUA